GGCGCUAGUUGGCAUCACAUGACUGCGGACGCCGCUGAUUGGUGGUUGGAAAUGUCACGUCUCGGGGCGCCAGAAUAGAAGUUGUAGCGGGAUGUGCAGAGAAGUGAGAACGUUCCAUUACACUGACUUCUCAUUACAGCGGGCAAUGCCAGAGCGGGCGGACGGCUCUGGAUCUAGUGGAUUAUAAGAGAUCUCCAGUCCUGUGCCUACUACCAGCCUGUCUUCCAUUCAUUCUAUUAUCCUAUAUGAUCUAGGGGGCGAGACAUGGAAAUAACAGGCUGCCUGACACUGAAGGAUCUGAUGGGCUCCAAGAAAGCUAAAGGGGACCAAGAAAAAGAUGCAAGGAGCUCCCAGAAGGAGAACAUGUGUGACCGAUACAGGAUAAGCCCCAGGGUGUCAUUAAAAGGGGAACCUAUUGAUUUAUCUAAACAAAAAGGCUUCACUCCUGAAAGAUACCCAAUCACCCCGGUGAAAGUGGUGGAUAGAACUCUAGCUGAUCCAUGGACUCCCACUGCCAACCUGAAGAUGUUAAGUAGCGUUGCCAGCCCAGAGAUCCGCGACCGAGAAAAGAAGAAAGAGCUUUUCCGGCCUAUUGAAAACAAUGAACAGGAAGACCCUGGACUCGAUGCUCAACAGUUUGAGACCGUAGAUGAUCUGGAUGAUUUGGAAAAGAGACCAAGCAGGAAGCAAAAAAGUUUGGGUCUUCUAUGUCAAAAGUUUUUAGCUCGAUAUCCCAGCCAUCCAAUAUCAACUGAAAAAACAACUAUUUCCUUGGAUGAAGCUGCUUCAAGCCUUGGGGUGGAGCGUAGACGUAUCUAUGACAUUGUGAAUGUUCUAGAAUCACUACAUUUAGUUAGUCGUGUGGCAAAAAAUCAAUACUGCUGGCAUGGCCAGCACAACCUAAAUGAAACUUUAAGAAACCUGCAGUGGGAAGGAGAGAGACAAAAAUACAGUGUACAGAUCGCUUACUUCCAGCAUAAAGACUUUGGUACAGAGCAGAGAAAAGAUUCCAUCAACAGCCAGACUACUCUAUCAGCGGAGAUGUCUGAAAUGGACUGUCCAUCAGCUUCAGCAAGCAGCCGCAAGGACAAAUCUCUGAGGAUCAUGAGUCAGAAAUUCGUCAUGCUGUUCCUGGUGUCCACAACCAGAAUAAUCACUCUUGAGAUCGCUGCCAAAAUCCUAAUUGAAGAGAGUCAGGAUAUUUCUGAUCACAGCAAGUUUAAAACCAAGGUACGACGUCUGUAUGACAUAGCUAAUGUUCUGACCAGCCUUGGCCUCAUCAAAAAGGUCCAUGUUACUGAAGAACGUGGGCGAAAACCCGCAUUUAAGUGGAUCGGACCAGUUGAUUUCAAAACUGAAAGUGGCCAAAAGAUAGAAGGCACAGUUACCACUUCCCCACCAGGAUCACAGAGAGAUGCUACAGCGGAGUACAGCAAGCAGCAGAAAUUGCUCCGUCACUCAUCAUUUAGUCAUGUUCAAUCCAUAAAUACUGUAAAGAGGAAAGUCUGUUCUGAGCCAAGUAGCCCACACAAAGCACAAGAAGGUCUUCUAGGACAUGUUGGUUACUCCUUUAGGAGCGCACAUUUAGAAACUAUAUGCAGACAGGAGAUUGAGGAAGACUCAAAGGGUUCCAAAAUUGCUUCAAAUCCAGCCCAUGGAAAUGUAGGUCACCUGCCCUUUUCUGUUGUAGUACCUGUCCCAGUGGAUCCAGAUUAUUGCACCAGAGAUUCUGGUCACCUGAAGCCAUCUGUAUCUCCAAAUGAAGUCAAUUCUCAGCUAAAGCUUAUGGCUUCCUCUAAUGCAGAAUACAGUGGCCGGGGUUUUCUACCUAAUCAGCCCUACAUGUAUGUUCCAUCAACUUCUGUCUUCAUGCUAUGUGGAAACCCUGGGAAGGAAAAGCCUGUAGAUGUACUACAUGGAGCUAGCAACUCGUCUCAUUCUGAUCCAAAGAUCAUGCAAGAUGGUGACCAACCAGCCAAAAGACAAAGAAUUGGUAGCACUGAUGAUUCUCCGCUUCCUUUGGUGGUUCCAAAAGUGUGUUCAUCUGAAAGAAAUUCCUGUGAUCCAAGCUUGCCACUUAACUCACCUUGUAAAGAAGAAGGUUCAGUCCCCUCACCUGCCUGCCAAGAAGAAACCCCUGAGCUGCUGGUGAGCAAAGGGCAAGAACCACAAGAACAAGCCACCUCUUCUGCACUACCCCAGUAUCUAUAUGUUCCAUCCUCAGCUGGUUUAAAUGGUUUUAAUUUCUUUCUGCCUGCCAGUCAAGCAACAGGAGCUCUGAGCAUUACUCAAAAUCAGUUAUCACAUGUCCCUUAUGUGAUGGUGCCCUCUACAGCCCUGGCAGCUUUCCCAUUUAUUUGCUCUCCUGCGGUUACUAGCGCUGUCUCUGCCUCCAGCGACCUUGCUGGAAGCAUGAAUUACAGCUUGCCUGGCAUGACCACAUCACCACCUCAUAUCAUGUUUGGAACCCCUUCAGUAGUAUCUCCUCUAAUACCUGAACCAUCUCCAGACAUGCAGCAAAGUUUUACUCCAGCAAGUGCAAGCCUCCAGUCUUCUAGUUCUGUGACAUCUGAUUCCUCCCUCUCUGCGGUUCAGCUACAUUCUGUUAAAAAUCAAAAGUCUCCUACUCCAUUAACGCCAAAGAGCAUUCGUCCAGUCCACAAAGACACAUUCUUCAAGACACCUGGCAGCUUGGGAGUUUCUCCAGCUCUUCGGAAAAAUGAAAGAGCUCAUGUUAGAAAUUCCAGCUCUGUACAGAGAAGACUAGACAUCUGCAGUACCACUGAUGACUGAGAACACCUGUCCACCCGCCUUAUAACAUUGUAUACUCCUUAUGAAAAACGGAUUUUCAGCUACAUUCUAUAGAUCAAAGCACAUUAACAGAAUAUAUGUACCUUCCUUCCUUUGGGGGGGAGAUGGGAGUCAUGUGAGUCUCUAUGUACCUAAAAUGUAGGUAGACUAUGUUGACUUGUUAUAAAACAAUCCUAACGGCCUAGGAUUAAUAACCACACUUGAUGUACAUCUUGAUGGAGAAAAAAAUGUGAAAAAACAGCCUAGCACUUACCAAACUUUGCCUUUUUCAGCUGUCCUCCAUACUGCUGCUUGCCGAUUCUGUUCUGUCCUAACAAGUGAAUGGGAGCUGAAAAUCCCAACACUUUCACUAAAUGAAUUAUGUUUACCCUUCCCAAGUAUUGUUCAUAAGCAUGUGAUCUGUACAAAACUUGAAUUAUUACUUGAAUAUUAUUUACAUAUUAAACAAAAAUAGGAAAAAUCCUACAGAAUCUGAAGGUAAAAGAAUGUAUUUUGCUUAUGACCACACAACUGUGAAUGAAUUUUGUCCCCUACAUCCCCAUGGCCCGGAAAUCUGUACUUCUUUCAUAUGUUUACAUGGAGGGUGUCUUGUAUCUUUGUUACUUUAUGAGUUUUACUUUUAUGAGUAAAAGUAAGCUCACAGUGUCGGUGGUAAAUUCUUUUUAAAUAUAUGUACAGUAUGUUAUGAGACUAGUACACAGAGGUACCAGGUAGAUGAUUCUUUGAUUAUUUAAAUGGGUACUCCGGUGCUAAGACAUCUUAUCCCCUAUCCAAAGGUUAGGGGA